CUUCCCUCGCGCUGCUCUCAGCCUUCUGCCUCUCCUCCUCCUCCCUCCUCCUCCUCAUUCCCUCUCGCAACUCCGCCACAUCGGAGCGCUACGCUCAGGGCGCGCUGCACAGAGUCAUGCUCGCGGCGAUGCAGGUGACCUAGGGAGUAGGAGGAGGAGGAGGCGCAGGGCUUUUGGGGAAGGGGACGAGGAGGAUCCGUGCUCUUUGGGCGGGACCUUUCUUCCCUCGGUCGGAGAAGCGGCCAACCACCACCAGCAGCAGCAACAACAACAACAUCGGCAGCAGCAGCCCAGCGAGGUGGUGUCCCGUGUUGGCACAUCAGCUCCGCGGGGACGGGGCGAGCGAGCCGGGAUGGAGCAGCCCCGCGUGCCGCCGCUGCCGCCGCUGCUGCUGCUGGGUGUCGCCUGCUGCUGCUUCUCUCUGGGAUUCGCUGCUCUCGGCACGUUCCGGCAGGUCCCCCAGGACGUGACGGCGCGCGAAGGCGAGGACGUGGAGAUGUCGUGCGCCUUCCACGGCGGCGGAGCGCCCGCCUACUCGCUCGAGAUCCAGUGGUGGUUCGUGAAGGGCGAGACGCGGGAGGCGGCCAGGGGGGUGGCUCUGGACGACGGCGGACUCCGCAGACAGAUGGUGAUGAAGGAGGAAGGCACAAAGAUCAGUGUGGUGAGGGUCCUCGGCAGCGACAUCUCGAACCGCCUACGCCUGACGUCGGUGCGCCGCGGCGACGAGGGAGCGUACGAGUGCCGCGUCACGGACUACCGCCCGCGGCCGCCGCAGGAGCACACGGCCCGCGCCUGGCUGCGCGUCACGCCGCGGCCCGAGGACAUGCAGGCCGCUCAGGCCCAACCCAUCGUCCGCAACGACACCUCCUCCUCCUCCUCAUCCUCCUCGUCCUCCUCCUCGUCCACAUCCUCGUCCGCACGCAAAGCCGCAAAGGAGGAGGCCGAGAAGAAAGCAGAGGAGGAAGAGGAGCAGAAGAAGAAGCAGCGGGCUGCCGGUGCUGGCACAAAGACGACGGCCGGCCACCUCCUGCCGUGGAUCCUCCUGGCUGCUCAGCUUCUGUGCGCCGUUAACCCCGCGCGCUAGGCCAAUGCGACAGCGCGGCGCGCGCAGCGACGCACGUGCCCACGUGGGCGGGGCGCGUGGGUAACUUAAACCAGAUAUGUAAUGUGUAUAUACACAGUGGCGUGUACAUAUAGUCGAACAAAUGAUGCAUUUAUUUACGAAGGAGCGACUUUGUGCGGGUUGGCAGACGUUCAACAUACUUACCACGCGUGCUUGUUGAUCUUUUUAUAUAUAUAAUGUAUACACGAUCUGGAAAACACCAGAGGUAAUGAGAAGGGGACGUGUUAGCGCGUAAUAGUGAAUGUUAGGAAACGUCGUAGUGUAAAAAAGUGCAAGCGUAGGGAUUUCCUGGUUAGGCAGCACCUGAGAGGCAACACACAGCCACCGCCUGUGCUCCCUGGGCCUGGGUCAGCGUGGCCCUUGAGACACCCACACACCACGGCUGUCACAAGUGGUCACCUGUCUUGGCUUCAUUACCUCAAUAAGGGAUAUUGUUUUUUUUUGCAUUCCCCUGCUGCUCCAGAACCUACCGCUUAAUGGAUUCGAGCCAAUUUGGCUUGCAGAGGAGAGGGUCAUUGGGAGACACAUUGUCACCUGCCCUGCAGAGAAACAAUAUUUUCCUCCAUCAAUUCUGCCACUGAGGUUGCGGGAAGGAAAAGAUAAUUGGAGGGCAUUUUUUCAUGGCGCUUUGUUACGCCAGGAUCAAAGAGCUUGCACCAACACUGCUAGGCCCCGGAGUUAACUGCCGGGUGCGUGGAGAGGCAGGCAGUGGGAAUGGUACCCACGUGGGAAAGCCGGUGAUGGAUCACUUGAGCUUUUUUACAGAUCCGAACUCAGUCUGUGCGGACACCCCUGGUCCACGGUAGCGCGGGCACGGCCACAACGGUGUGUCCUAAGGGCCGCGGUGGUGUCAGCUCAGCAGUGUCGGAAUUUUUUGUUGCAUAAAACGAGAGAGCGAUGGACAGGAGGUGACAACAACCACGAUGCGAACCACUAGUGGACAGCCUCAGGUUGUUAUUAAAUGGUGCCGUUCUAAUUGAAUUUCAUGAUUCAUUCAGAAAAAAAUAGGAGCAUCUGAAAAUGAAUGGAUGCUGCCGCGGUGUAAUGAUUAUCACGCUGGCCUUGCGGAUCCACGGGUCACCGGUUCGAUCUCCGAGCACGGCAGUUGAAACAAUGAUGCAGUUUUCUUUAAUACCGCCUGCCUCUAUCCACCCAGCAGUAUAAUUAGAGAAACCGCUUAGUCAGUGGGCAGGGUGUGCGUGGUAACGGGGCUACUCCUACCUCUUCCAAGAUGAAUGGCCAUGGAAGAAUGGGACAAAUACACUCCCUAGAGAGGCUCCAUGUACGUACAUAUGUUGAACUUCUUUCCCACCGUACGUAGCCAAUCGUGCUAAUCGGAGGUGCAGGAGGAAGGACAACAAUCUAAACACAAAAGGAAGUUCUAAAAAAUGAGUUUUCAAUCUUGAUUUAAAAGUGCACAGCUCCAGUGGCUUCCUAAUAUGGGAAUGAAGAGCGUUCCAGACGGCCGCAGAAACGCAUCUGAAAGCAUGCGCGAUGCAGUGACCGUCUUUGUUCGAUGGCCAGCCCUCAAUAGCAACUCCCUCAUGUUGGAGGCCCUAUAUGCCAGCUGUAACGUUAGCAGACAAUUGCAGGGCUGCACCCUAUGCCACUCUUACUCCUGAAGAUCGAUGUGAAUGUUAUUAAGGAAUGCAUUUAUGGCAUUUAUUUCGGUCGGAUUCCAUUUUUUGUUUAUGUCCAUUCUUGAGUCGGUUCUUGGGAUUAACGGUGGCACUGCGAGCUGACAAGGAUGGAGAGAGAGAGAGAUGCGGUUGUCGGACCACGCUCGUCGCUGCGAAGAGCCCAACGGCGUCGUGUGUGAUCUUGAAUGUGUUUUUUUUGAUGUGCACAACAAUGCUUGCUCUCAUACUGUACACUACACAACUGUAGAUAAGAAUCACUUACAAUUCAAUAACGUAUAAUAGUUAUUAAACGACUACUAACAUGUUGGCAGCGUAUGCAGUGUACACGGUGAAACGUUUUACCUGGAUGAACAGUAAAUUCCCACCAAUUUAAUUUGGGUCACGGCGAUUGGAUCCGUUGCAAUGUAAAAGCGCCACUACUGCGUUUGCCAUAUAAUUCAUGAUUUGCUUUUGGGAUAUUUUUGUGUUCUGUGUUUUGAAAUCAGGUUUUACUUUUUUACUGUUACAUCUUAUUUACUGGGUUUCCAAAUCUCAAUUUACUUGUAUGUGCCAUUUAUAAAUGUGCCAUUAAUUUAUAGAAUGUAUAUAUAAAAAAAGUAAAUGGUAUUCCAAAAAAAUUAAAACCUACUCCAUAUCAUUUUUUGCACAUGCUGUAUGUUGGACAGCAUACAUUUACAUUUUUAUACGAAUCACACGCGACGGAUUGUAUGUCUCGGUGGCAGCCGGACCUCGC